AUUCAGUUCUAGCUACCUAAUGUGUUAAUAAAAUUAGCUAGACUGUUAGCUUCACUAGAUAUAAAUACAUUGGUAACAUGGAUCGGCCAGAAGUAACGUUUUCUUUAGCCUACAUAGUAUUAGCGUUUUGCUUUGUAUUUACACCAAAUGAAUUUCGAUCAGCUGGUUUCACCGUGCAAAAUCUGUUUUCAGGAUGGCUCGGAAGUGAAGAUAUUGGUUUCAUUCAAUAUCAUGUGAGGAGAACGAGCGUCACUUUACUAGUUCAUUCAACUUUGCCACUUGGUUACUACAUGGGAAUGUGCAUAGCUGCUCCAGAAAAGUAUCUGGCCUAUGUUCACUUAAUAAGUGAUGGCUGGAGGGCUUUCUUUACAUUGUCACUGGCUCUUCAGCUCUUUAGCUGGGUGCUCGUCAUCUACUGGUCUCGGCACAAAUGGGGAAAUCAUCCAAUAUCAAAGAACCUUAAAGCCCAUGCAUUGCCCCAGUCCGGCUGGGGGGCAGUUGCCUCCUCUGUCAACACAGAAUUUCGCCGCAUUGACAAGUUUGCAACGGGUGCUCCUGGUGCAAGGGUUCUCAUCACUGACACCUGGAUCAUGAAGGUCACUACCUAUUAUGUACAUAUUGCACUGCAGCAAGACACUCACUUGACAGUCACAGACUCAAGGCAACACCAGCUCUCCCCUGACUCAGCUACUCCUGUUCAGAUCCUGACACUCCGGGUCGCUAGCAUCAACCCCAGCGUCAAGCCCUUUGACAUAAGGCUCAAUUCAACAGAAUAUGCAGAACUGCGAGAGAAGCUGCAUGCACCAAUCAGGAACGCUGCCAACGUGGUCAUUCACCAGACUAUGAGUGACCUCUUCUUGGAAACAUUCAAAUCCCAGGUGGAAAUGAACCAAGUCUACCAGCUGACAAGCGGACAGGAGCUGGAGUCCUGCAUUGGUUGCAUGCAGGUCCCCGCCAACACCAAACUGUUACGGCUAUGCCAGGAGGAGGGUGAAGGAGAGUGCCAGCAGUGCUACUGUAGACCCAUGUGGUGUCUCACCUGUAUGGGCAAAUGGUUUGCCAGCCGCCAGGACCAGCAGAAACCUGAGACCUGGUUGGGCAACAGAGUGCCUUGCCCCACUUGUAGGGCCAAGUUCUGCAUCCUGGAUGUCUGCAUUGUCCCCUGAUCACUCAAUACUGUUUUCUUCUCAGUCAAUUCUAAAGAUAUGCAUAGGAAUCUGCUGGUGGCCUGGUGCGAUGUGCAUCAAAUUGCCCUUGUGAUUACUUUUCUAAUUGUGCCUUGUCUCUGUUGCAUCAUUAGUGCCAUUACUCUGCUAUGGGAAACCUUGGCAUAUUGUAGUUUUGUUCCAACUUUGCUCUUCAUGAUUUUGAUUUGAUCAAAUAUUUUCCCCAGCACAAUAUGGCUACAACAUGAACUUUGAAGCUGAGUAGAUUGCUAAGUAGAGGUUAAAUUUAGUCUCAGCAAAAUGACAUUGCCAUGAGCAGCACCAAAGAUAUUGCGAGAUGCAAGACUCGCACAGUAUCUGUGCAUGUGCACGUGUUCGGGUCACACUGUUAGAGUGGUAGCUACGGGACCAAAACAGCUGAGAAGUUUAGCCUCGCGAGUCAAUGCUCGUAGUUUUGUGGAAAUCAUCCCACUAUGGCGUUUACUUUGUGCACCUACGUCAUAUCGCUGAGUCACUUAUGCCUAAAUGUUUGUCUGCCCCUUGAGUUACCUUGUUGCCUUGUGUGGUUUUCAACAUAUUCCACUUGAUCGUACUGAUGAGAGUCAAAUGGGGCAAAAUUUAGUCGGAUCUGGACAGUACGGCACAACAUAUCUUUACUCUGUUUUACUGUCUCUUUCAAGGGUGCUGUAAUGGAAACAUUUUGUUUACCUUUGUGUUAUCAGUCUUUCAUCGGUCUGUUAUGCAAUUAUGGAACUUUGUCAAUUAGGGCUAUGAAAAUAUAUUAAAUGAAGUAGUCAGUUGAUGAAAUGGGGAAAUCUGAUGUGGUACAUGGUAUAUAAAAUUGCCAUAUCUAAUUUCACAAUAAUUAUGUUACCUUUAUUAAAAUAUAGCUACCCUCUA